CGGGCCGCCCAAUGGGCUGGUGCAGCGCGGCGGCGGGGCCGGCACUUCCUGGGCCUUGCAGCCGGCGGCAGCGGGGCGAGAGCCGGGGCCGGGGGCCCGCAGCUGAGCCCGGCGCCCUCCACCAGCACCAUGCCCUUUGACUUCAGGAGGUUUGACAUCUACAGGAAGGUGCCAAAAGACCUUACACAGCCAACCUACACAGGGGCUAUUAUCUCUGUCUGCUGCUGUCUCUUCAUACUGUUUCUCUUCCUGUCUGAGCUCACCGGAUUCAUAGCCACUGAAAUAGUUAAUGAGCUGUAUGUGGAUGACCCAGACAAAGACAGUGGAGGUAAAAUAGAAGUGAAUCUGAACAUCAGUUUACCAAACCUGAAUUGUGAAUUAGUUGGACUAGACAUCCAGGAUGAAAUGGGAAGGCAUGAAGUGGGUCAUAUUGACAACUCGAUGAGGAUACCUCUCAAUAAUGGGGAUGGCUGCAGGUUUGAGGGACAUUUCAGCAUCAACAAGGUCCCUGGUAACUUUCAUGUGUCAACGCACAGUGCCACUGCGCAGCCUCAGAAUCCUGACAUGACUCACAUCAUCCACAAGCUCUCAUUUGGGGACAAGUUACAAGUCCAGAACGUUCAUGGAGCAUUCAAUGCCUUGGAGGGAGCAGACAAACUUAGCUCAAAUCCUCUAGCUUCUCAUGAUUACAUCUUGAAGAUAGUCCCAACGGUGUAUGAAGACAUGAGUGGCAAGCAGCGAUACUCGUACCAAUACACUGUAGCAAAUAAGGAGUAUGUAGCCUACAGUCACACUGGCCGCAUUAUCCCAGCCAUCUGGUUUCGUUAUGAUUUGAGCCCCAUCACAGUGAAAUACACAGAGAGGCGACAGCCUUUGUACAGGUUUAUCACAUCGAUAUGUGCCAUCAUUGGGGGAACGUUUACUGUAGCUGGGAUCCUUGACUCCUGCAUUUUCACAGCAUCAGAAGCCUGGAAGAAGAUCCAGCUGGGGAAGAUGCAGUAGCGGUGAAACUCUCAUCUCCAAGGACAGGAGCAAAGAUUGAGAAACCUACCACUACCUGUUUUUGUCUUUAUUUUCUAUUUGUUUGAAUCAGUAAGUUUUUCUCUAAUAAGGCUGUUCAGUGAAGACCUCUUCAAGAAAUCAAAGACAUUUCCAUGCAUUUCAGAGCUCUGAGAGACCAAAAAAAAAAAAAAAAAAAAAAAAAUCAAUGGAAUCAGGGCUUAGAUUUUGAUUUUCACCCCCCAGAAAUGGGUUGAAAUGCUAAAUAUACUGUCAGAUCUAAGUAAGAAGAACAGGAUCUUCUGUGGGAGGUUCUGACGGCAGUAUACAAACUAGUUACAAAGAGUUAAGCUGUCUUUUGGCACUUUUUGGAAUUUGUUGGAUUUGCAUGAUUAGACAAUCGACUUUUAUAUAACGCAAAGUUAUACCUUAGGAAGAAAUUCCACCCGUGGUGCCAAAAAGGUGAUGUAUCUGUUGGUGAGGAAUGGAAAGUGUUAGUUCCCAUUGCAAGCUUUAGAGACAGAGGGCAGAAAUAACAUCAAGAAAUGUCUUGGGCUUUUAUGGAAAGCUCUUUCGCUCAGAUAUGACCUUUCUAAUUAAAUGAGCAAAUUUGAAAAGGAAGCUUUCCCCCAGCUACUUUUUCCUGGAUGAUCUGUGAUCCAGGCAGAGGAAAGGCCUUUCUUUUACUCUGGAUGUAAAAGUGGUUUAAUUUCUUCCCAGAAACUGAAUAUCCAGUCUUGUGUUUACAGGUGGCAUGAAGUAAAAACCAAACUGAGCAACACAGUUUUAUGUGGCCUUUGCUUUGAAAGGGAACAGUUGUCUUACAGCAUUAGCUUUUAUUCUUUCUUCUGUGUUUGUUUUUUUAAAACACAGACCACCCAGCAGUCUGGACUCUUCAAUUCUGCUUUAAUAUUAUUAUUAUUAUUAUUACUGUUGUUGUUAUUUUGAAAAGGGGUUGUCCAUUCUGUGUGUCCAGAAAAAUGAUGCAGUCUUCUGGGUGGAUGAGCACAGCUUACUGUCUUGCUUUGUGUGUGUAUAUUGAAUACACCUGUAAAACACAGGAAGUCUGUCUCUUCACGGUUUAAGGUGCCUACCUGUUUCUUUAAAAUUCAAUCAGGGAUCUUUCCUGAGCCCUAGACUGACACUGUUUGCCCACAGGUACACCGAUAGCGGGGCAGGCAUUCCCACAACCCGGCCCCUGCUAGCAAUUUUCUUCUGUUCCUUAAAACGGUACCUGAACUUCCAUGCCCGUUCAUUCAAGCCUUGUCUUCUGAGACCUCCAGUAAAUGGAGGUGUGAGGGGAAAACUACUGCCAGGUGUGGCUUGUAUGCAGCGGUAGACAUGAGUUCACUAAAAAUAAGACCAGUGCCCACCAGUGCAUUCUCCAUAGCCUCCUAAAUGUUCCUUGAGUAGUAACAGUCUCUGCAUGCUUUGUGAGUGUCUGAGCCGAGGAUACACAGAUUUUAAGUGUUCCAGGAUAGACAAAAAUCAUAAAAAAAUAAAAUCCUUAAUCAAUGGUAUAAAUUCUAAGACGGGUGCAGGAUUUCUCUUGGAUAAUAUCUACUGUCCAUUGCCUUUUCCUGGAGGCCAAAGUAUCCAAACAUUUUGUUGUAAUAAUAUGAAUCUUUGAAUAUUCAGUGUUAAUGCUAGAGUCAGAUACAUUUCAAAAGUAUUCCUAAUACAUGUCUGUUGAAAUUGCCUCAUUCUUUUGGAAGUAGGGAAGGUAGCCAGUUUUAUCUGCACACACACAUACAUGCCCACACCCACCUUAAAAUAAGAAGGCCAACAACCCCCCCUCCCUACCCUGGCCCAUUUUCUGCCCUGUAGUGAUUCCUGACCAGUUACAGCAUUGGAACUUUUCCUCGUUCUUAGUAUGGACUGAUUGCUGUUCCUUUAGGUGUAAACUGGAUUGUGUAAUUUCCUGUAUCUGUUAAUGUAUGGAUAGAUUUUAUACAUUUUUUCCAUUUACAAAAAUCAACUUGGAAACGGGAUGCUUGUCUUCAUUUCAGUGCGUGUCCGUCUGUCCACGAGCGGUACCCACUAGGUGGCGGCGGCUGCCUAGCGGCAGCCUGGGGUUUUCAUUGCAAUUCCUUCUCGUGCUGCCUGACGGAUUUUCUCUGAUCCACUGUCACCAACUGAAAAUUUAAAGCAAAAAAUUUCCUAGUUUUUCCACUUGAAUUUGUUGGAUCUUUGCUUACAGCACGUGAACUUGAUGGAUUACAGGGAUGCAAUGUUGAUAUCUUACAGGGCAUCCAUCUGAGUGAUGCAAGAGAAGAUCCGUGUGGCACAGCGAAUUGUGCUGUCAUUUUUCUGAAGUUUCUUCCCUCUUACAAUUUCUUCAACACAAACUAGAAAAGUUGGUUGCAGAUUCCUGUGUCUCUUGCCCCCAGUGUGUAAUUUCUGCCCUUCUCCUUCUCCCCCAGUCCUCUUUCUGAAUUAAACACUGCCUUCUGCGCAGUCCAGGCCAACUCUUUAAACCAGAUCAGUGGAAUUGUUUCACUUUUUUUUUUUUUGGAAAUAACAGAUGUGUACUUCAGUGUGUUGGCUUUCUCUGCCAAAAUGUCCACUGCAAUAAUGUAAUAAAUCACUUUUUUUUUUUUUUUUUUUUUUUCCCCUUAAUAUGGAAACCAAAUUAUAAUAAAGUUCUGGCAAAGCUCUGCUGAAGAAACAGCCUGCACCUUAGUUCUCUAAGCCAGGUCUAAGCCUUUGAGCACUGCCAAGCCAAGGCUGACUUCUGGGUCUGCUGUAUGUUAUGGCAUGCUUGUCCUUCAGGCAUGGCUAGCUUGGGUCAGGUAAUGUUGCUGCACCGUGUGUUUACAGAAGAAUUUGCUCUUCUCUCCAAAUGUGAAAGCGCGGUGGUUGUUGUAGCAGUCCUGCCCCGUGCAUACAUGUGUCAUUAGAUUUCACUUCUUUUCUCAGACUUUUUCUAGAGAUAAAAUGAGUGUAGUUAUGCUUUUAAACAUCAAUGCAAACAACAAUAAUCUUAAGCCAUAGCGGAAGGAAAGCUGUUGAUUGUAGGUGUUCAUUCAUCUUCUUGACUUUGCUCUUUCAAAUCAGUAUUUUGACAGAAGUAUUUGUGGUUCUCCAAGAACGACAUCCCUGUAGGAAGUAAAAUAUUUAGAACUUGUGUAUAUUCUGGUUUAAAUAAACCUCUUUGAAGCUGCGCGUCAUCAUACAAUGAGAACUUGCAGCACAGGAUGCUUUGCGAUGGUGGAGUCAGAAUUUCAGCUCUAGGGGAAGCUGUAAAGCUGUGCUUUGGCAUGUUCAAGAACUAUGUGGACUGCUGAAGUGUUUUUGUUUUUUUUUUUU